ACAGAUUCCCCCAAAACACUCCCACUAAGAGAGAGAGAGAGAGAGAGAGCUUCAAGAAUUUGCAGAGAGAAACAGAAAAUCCCUCCCCCCAUUUCCCAAAUCCCAGCGAGAGGAAGAACAACAACAAGAAUCAUCAUCAUCAUCAUCAUCAUCAUCAUCAACAAUGGGCGACAUGAUUGUGAACAGCCAAUACGAAAUCCUGGAGGAGAUCGGAAGAGGACGAUUCGGAACCAUCACUCGUUGCUUCUGCCCUAUUUCCAACAAGUUUUUCGCCUGCAAAACCAUCGCUAAAAGCGAUCUCAUCGAUGAAACCGACAAAGAAUGCCUCGAGAAAGAGCCUAAAAUCAUGGCUCUUCUCCCUCCCCAUCCCAAUAUUCUUCCGUUGAUUGACGUUUUCGAGAACGAUGAUUAUCUCUGUUUGAUCUCUGAGCUCUGUGACUCCGUUUCCCUCUACGAUCGGAUUAUCCGUCGUCCUUUUUCCGAAUCAGAAGCCGCCAUCGUUAUCAAGCAGCUUCUUCAAGCCCUCGCUCACUGCCAUUACCAUGGCGUUGUUCAUCGCGAUGUUAAGCCAGAUAAUCUGCUCUUCGAUUCCAGAGACAAUUUGAAACUCAUCGAUUUCGGAUCGGCUGAGUGGUGCGACAAAGACGGAUUUACCUUCGGCGUCGUCGGAACGCCUUACUACAUCGCGCCUGAAGUUUUGAGAGGAUCCGAAUACGGUCAGAAAGUCGAUGUAUGGAGCGCCGGUGUGAUUCUCUACACGAUGUUGGCUGGAUUCCCUCCGUUCUACGGCGACUCCGCGGCAGAGGUCUUUGAGGCCGUUCUUAGAGGAAAUCUGAGAUUUCCACCUAGGGUUUUCAGAUCGAUUUCCUCUGCGGCUAAGGAUUUAAUGAAGAAGAUGAUAUGCCGAGAUGUCUCUAGAAGAUUCUCCGCCGAACAAGCUCUCAGACACCCAUGGAUUCUGAGUGGAGGAGAAGGAACAUCAUCAGUGGAGUAAAUCGUUUAUAACAUUUUGACUCACAAAAAAAAAAAAAAAAAAAAAAAAAAAAAAAAAAAAA